AGAGGGAGUCUCGGAGCUCGCCAUCUCCAGCGAUCUCUACAUUGGGAAAAAACAUGGAGUCAGCUCCGGCAGCCCCCGACCCCGCCGCCAGCGAGCCGGGCAGCAGCGGCUCGGACGCGGCCGCCGGCUCCAGGGAGACCCCGCUGAACCAGGAAUCCGCCCGCAAGAGCGAGCCGCCCGCCCCGGUGCGCAGACAGAGCUAUUCCAGCACCAGCAGAGGGUUAUCCAUGCCAGUGUCCAGUGAGGGAACUGAGAGAAGGCGGCAUGAUCCAGGUAUCUCAGUAACAAAGAAGACACAUACAUCUCAAAUUGAAAUUAUUCCAUGCAAGAUCUGUGGAGACAAAUCAUCAGGAAUCCAUUACGGUGUCAUUACAUGUGAAGGCUGCAAGGGCUUUUUCAGGAGAAGUCAGCAAAGCAAUGCCACCUACUCCUGUCCUCGUCAAAAGAACUGUUUGAUUGAUCGAACCAGUAGAAACCGCUGCCAGCACUGUCGAUUACAGAAAUGCCUUGCCGUGGGGAUGUCUCGAGAUGCUGUAAAAUUUGGCCGCAUGUCGAAAAAGCAGAGAGACAGCUUGUACGCGGAAGUACAGAAACACCGGAUGCAGCAGCAGCAGCGAGACCACCAACAGCAGCCUGGAGAAGCCGAGCCGCUGACUCCCACCUAUAACAUCUCGGCCAACGGGCUCACGGAGCUUCACGAUGACCUCAGCAACUACAUCGACGGGCACACCCCCGAGGGCAGCAAGGCAGACUCUGCCGUCAGCAGCUUCUAUCUGGACAUACAGCCUUCCCCGGACCAGUCAGGUCUUGAUAUCAAUGGAAUCAAACCAGAACCCAUAUGUGACUACACACCAGCGUCAGGCUUCUUCCCCUACUGCUCUUUCACCAAUGGAGAGACUUCCCCAACUGUGUCCAUGGCAGAACUAGAACACCUUGCACAGAAUAUAUCUAAAUCACAUCUGGAAACUUGCCAAUACUUGAGAGAAGAGCUCCAGCAGAUAACGUGGCAGACCUUUCUGCAGGAGGAGAUUGAGAAUUAUCAAAACAAGCAGCGGGAGGUGAUGUGGCAAUUGUGUGCCAUCAAAAUUACAGAAGCUAUACAAUAUGUGGUGGAGUUUGCCAAACGCAUUGAUGGAUUUAUGGAACUAUGUCAAAACGAUCAAAUUGUGCUUCUCAAAGCAGGUUCUCUAGAGGUGGUAUUUAUCAGAAUGUGCCGUGCCUUUGACUCUCAGAACAAUACCGUGUACUUCGAUGGGAAAUAUGCUAGCCCCGAUGUCUUCAAAUCCUUAGGUUGUGAAGACUUUAUUAGCUUUGUAUUUGAAUUUGGAAAGAGUUUAUGUUCUAUGCACCUGACUGAAGAUGAAAUUGCGUUAUUUUCUGCAUUUGUCCUGAUGUCAGCAGAUCGUUCAUGGCUGCAGGAAAAGGUAAAAAUCGAAAAGCUGCAACAGAAAAUUCAGCUAGCUCUUCAACAUGUCCUACAGAAGAAUCACCGAGAAGAUGGAAUACUAACAAAGCUAAUAUGCAAGGUGUCUACAUUAAGAGCCUUAUGUGGACGGCAUACAGAAAAGCUAAUGGCGUUUAAAGCAAUAUACCCAGACAUUGUGCGACUUCAUUUUCCUCCAUUAUACAAGGAGUUGUUCACUUCAGAAUUUGAGCCAGCCAUGCAGAUUGAUGGGUAAAUGUAUCACCUAAGCACUUCUAGAAUGUCUGAAGUCCAAACAAUGAAAAGCAAACAAAUCAAUUAACCGAGACACUUUAUAUGGCCCUGCACAGACCUGGAGCGCCAACACACUGCACAUCCUUUGGUGAUCGGGGUCAGGCAAAGGAGGGGAAACAAUGAAAACAAAUAAAAGUUGAACUUGUUUUUCUCAUGCAUAUGAUUUCCAUUAUGCCUACAGAUAUGGACCCUUUUUCUGUCUCGACUUCUUGAUCGUUGACCUCUGUUUACAACAGAAGGCGGGUACUAAAGUUGGAAGAUGUCCUUUUCUUGUAGCUCACUGCCCACAGACUUUCUACAGAGUCACCCAUCUGUCGGUAACCACAGAGGGUCCAGCACUAAUCGGUGACUGGUGUGCAUAGCGGAGGUUGCGGCAUUACUUUGCACAACUUGCUCUUUGUCUCAUGAAGGAAGUUUUUAUUUUUUUCACCGAUUAUUGCCAGUCAGCAGGAUGGCACGAAAAGGGUCCAUGGCACUAGCAACAAUAGCAUUAUAAUAUAUUACAGGGUAAAUGGGCAUGAAGACUAUAUAUAGCUAAAAAGAGAUAUUGUUUAUAUAUUGUUUUAAUUAAUAUAAAAUGUAGUUACUGGAGUAGCUUUUCCUGUUGAAUUGAUAAGGCACUUUCAUUUUGCACCUUUUUUCUUUAAAUUAAAUGCUAGCGUGUUCACUGUCGUGUCGCAUGUGCACCAGAAACACAAGUUUAACUGAGAAGGCUUGGAAGGUACGUCGGGAGGUAUUUAUGCUGCUGUUUACACAAUUAUUUUUAAAAGACUGGCUGGUCAUAUCUAGAAAUCAUGCUGUUGGAUUAAUUUUUUUUUUUUUACAUGUGAAUUUGGAAUUAGACACAGAACUCUCCCUAAAUUGUACUUUGCUUUUGGAUAAGUUUAAGGAUAGAUGUGUUUAUGCUUCAUACAAAGUUGAGUGAUUCGGGUAGACUUACACCCUCAUGCACAGUAUUUUUCAAAAGCUUUUGAACAUGCCACCUCAUGGAGAUUGGGGGGUGGGGGGGGGCUGCUCAUUUUACAUAGUUGAGUAGACUCAGUCUCAACUUGGAAUUCUUAGGCUUUAAGAACAGAUCAGUAACCAGAAUAUUUAUCAGAAUCUAGCUUUUAGUAGAAGGACCCAAAGAUUUUGUCUGGAGCAAACACACACUCCCCAUGUGUGAAGACAUGAAGCAUUUGGUUCGUGAAUGUUUAUGUUCUUGGUAUCAUCUAGGAACCCUGAGACUUUCAGAGUGAAUGGUUUCUAGACUAACUGCCUCUCCAUGGUGUCAUUCUAGAACACUCUUCUCCAUAUUUCACAGUCAGUGGACAGGAGGGCAAAGGAAACAUACGAUGUUGAACUAGUUUCUCUUAUUUAAAUGUUGACUAUUGUUAAGUCUUUAAAGUGAAGUCGAUGCAAGCUGCAAACAUUUUCUUUUGUAUUUAUCUUCACUAGAAAACUGUGGACUGUAAUUUAUUUUAUUAAAUCUUUAGAAGACAGUUUGGCUUUUGUAUUCAGGUGAGAAAUAUUGAGUUGUUUUUGUUUAAUUUUGUGUAUGUGUGUGUUUUUUGUUUUUUACAUAAUUCCCAGUGGUGGGGAGGGGAAAGGAACAGUCUGAUAAGGCAAGUGUGCAUAUUCUAAAAUAAGUGACCUUUGGUAAUAUAGGUGUUUAGAUGAUUUUAGUCACACUUGGAGUGGGAUUCAAACUCCUGGCCUAACAUCAAAGACCAUGUCUAUAGAGAAGAGAGAACAUCUUCCCAUAGUGUAAAGGUGAGCGUUUCCUAGCACCCUUUUACAGGGAAGAAAGGAUCUCCUCUACCACCAGGGUUUCUUCCCCCAUCCUCCAAUCUUCUGCAGGAAUUCAACUCCUGCUGGGUCACCCAGAGCCCUCCACUCUGUUUUUAACUCCACUGACUUUCUGACUUGUUUCCUGAGGGACUUGGAAAAGGGGAAGGAACUAUUCACACAGAAGUGUGUAUGAAGCCUAAAUAACAUCUUUUAACAAAAGGUUUUUUUUCAAAAAUACAGUAAGGGUUUAGCAUAAGUAGAAGAUGAGAAUAGUAUUUACUUAAAUUUCUUACAAGCAUAUAAAACUUUAUGUGACUUUAUAUAGAGAGGUAACAGUCAAAGUAUAGUAUUUAUAUUUGGGCAAGAAGGAUUAAAUCAAAUUUUUAAUUUAAAUAAACAUAGUUCCUUGAAAAAUCAAUAGUAUUUAUACUCUGAAUAGAGUACCAACUUUAGUUCAGUUAUUUAUUCAUCCUCCCCACCCCGUUGUUUCUCCUUUUGGGAAGAAACGGUGUGUUUUAUUUUGGUUUGGGUUUGUUUUUGCUUUUUUGUCAUUUUGAUUCACUAAAUUUGGGGAUGAUUUUAUUAAAGUCUGUUAACUUCUUUUUAACCAAAGCUUUCUGAAUAUGACCAGCCUCAGGUGCUAGCGCAUUAAAGAGCAACUAAACCUAAUUCCAGUGUCCAUUUGUGAAAUGAUGAGAGCUAAUUGGACUUCUCUGAGGGUGAGAGAGAAUACAAUGUUGAACAUAAAUUUCUUUUCCCAGAAAGGAUUUUGCAUGUAACUAAUGCAAAAAAAAAAAAAAAGCUCUAAUCUCAGUAAGUCACUCCAUGGUGACAUUGCUUUUGGAGUAAACCAAGAUACAUUGACAUGAUGCUGCUACUAGGUCUUUGUGAAAGAAAAACAGGGUGUGGACUUUAAGACGAAGUACAUCGACAGUGUAGGAACAGAGUCGUAGAGGCGUGCUCGGUGAAAUAAGGGAACAACUAUUAUACGGAUCGAAGUUGGGAUCUGAAGUUAAACAAUUUUUGUUGAAAAAAUAUGAAAUGCAGAGAAGGAUGUGAAAAACUUUGUAUUUUUAAUUUCUUCCUUAUUAUAGAAAUACCUGUGUGAUGACACAAAAUACUUGGUGAUAUAGAACAAUUAUUCUUAAUCGUUCUUGUAAUUAAAAUUGCCUAAACAUAAAUGUCCAAUAGUCUUUUAAAGAUUGGAAUCACAUCAUUGUUAUCCUGACUGCUAUAAUGCCUCUUAUACAAUUUUUAAACGUAUGGUAAAUAAGGCUUUUGCACAAAGCCUGAAUACCUUCGGUGACAGUGGUGUCCAAAUGGUUGCAUUGUGUUGUGAAGAAACUGGCCUUGGUCACAAUGAAAUCAAAAGUGCAGAUGAAAGUGCUUUUGGGGGCAGUUUGCAAAUUGUGGUUAAAGCUAUGGAUUUUUUUUUUAAGUGUUCAGCAUCCUAAUUUGCUUUAAAGGUGUGGAUUUUUUUUUAAGUCUUCAGCAUCCUAAUUCACCCUUUCUAACUUAAAGAAAACAUUACUUAAGACACUGCUUCUAAGUUUGGUUGUUCUUUAUAGUGUGGAUAUUCAGAUCUCUGUGAGCGUAUGGGGAUGGGCUGAGGGUCAGGUGAGGAGGGAGUGUGUGAGUGUGUGUGUGUGCGUGCGCGCAUGUGGUUUUUGUAUGUAUGAUGUGUAUGUGUCGGACCGCUUCUAGGCUACUAAGUGUCAAUGGAAAAGAAAAUGUAUUCAAAAUACUUAAAUCAAAACUAGAAGAUGGAAAAAAAAAGAUUUAUUCUAUACAAAGCCUUGUCUGGACCACUUUAGAGAGACUUCUAUUUUUUUAACCCUUCUAUAAAUAUUUGAUGGCACUUGAAAUAUUCCUGCAAUAAAAUGUGAUUUGUGUAAAGAAAAAAAAGAUUUUGUAAUGUGAAACAAAGAAAGAAAGUAAUGUAAUUUUCUAAAAAAAGAAAUACAAACAAACAAACUUUGUAUUAUUUUCUUGAUGGAAUUUGUCUAUCUGUCUUUGGAGAACUUUUUAUUUCAUUGAAUGUGCCAUAGUAGAAAUACGUGUUUUUAGUUUUAGACUUAAGGAAUAGCUGUUUGUGUUCCGACAUUCCAAAAUGCAAAACAACCUAGUAAACUCUUUAAUGAAAAGGUUUAAGUAGGAUGUAAGCGUCUCUCGUUGUUGCUUUUUUGCACAUGUUCUUCAUUCCUCUCUAGUGCAAUAUGUACAUAGAGCACUUCCAGGUGUACUUUGAUCCCUCAGGGAAAAUUACAUAUUUGUACAGUUUUUUUGGGUUUUGUUUCUUGUUUUUUUUUUUUUUUUUGCCUUUUGUUUUUGGCUAAGGAAUGUCGAUUGAAUCACUUGUUAUUGUUGAGGGGCAGCCAGAUAAUAAUCCUAAAGCCACUGUUUCCAACAUUGAUUGUUUAAAUCAUGUGUCCUUCCAAUGCUAUUAUUUGAAGAUAAUAAUAAAAAAUUAUUUUCUGACAGUUCUUUGUGCUGAUUGGUGGGAAAAAAAAAAUGGGUAAAUAAGCACCUUACGAUUGACUUAACUGUGAAUGACAAUCCAUCUUGAUAUCAAUAAUAGAAGCCCUAUCAUUUUGGAGUUCGGGUUAUAAGAAACAAACAAUGCGCUCAGGGAUCUUCUAAAACUCUUAAAACAGGGUGGCCAGUACUACUGGGACAAAAUUGUGUUUUGUAUUGUUAAUAAUUAUGGUAAUACUAUCCCUCCAAGGCACAAGUGAACUGUGUAGAAGUGCGUGUGUGUAAACCUCACUAUUGUUCAUUUUGUUUUGUUCAAAAUGUAUAUGUUCUUCGGUCUUAUGUGCUUAAAAACAUUGAAUAACUUCCAGAGCAGUAUAAAGUGAUGCCAGUAUGUUCAAAAGAUAAACUAAUAGGUCAUAAUCAACCAAGAGCAUCAUUCAAAGUACAAUCCUGCAUACUUCACUCACUGUUUCUCUAAUAAUUAAAAUAUUAUUGAUAGAUUUUAUUUAUAGCAUUAUAUAUUAAAAGGUAUUUCAAAUUCUACAUAGUAUGGAUAAAAAUUUUAGAAGCAGUCGUGAGAUAAGAGCCCUGCCCAUCAGCGCAGUGAGAGAGGUAAAAGUUGAAACUUUUUUUUUUUUCAAAUACCAGCAAGUAACUCCUUUUUUCACUGUGUUCUCCUCUAGAAACAAACAAAAAAAUUCCUUUUGGGGGAUUUUAACUGUCUUCUACUUCCACAUUUGUCAUCUGUUGAGUUAAUAUAAGAGCAAAUGGCUAUAAAGACAAACAAAACCCACCAAUGUAACAGCAACAUGAGCCAGCUUUUAGGGUAACAUUUUGUGUUUUUGAAACAUUUUGAAAGUAAUUAUUUCAAUAUGUUACUUUCCAUAACCUCAGUGAACCUCAGUGUAAUUGUUCUCUUUGAUUCUUCCACACCUAGAGUACACUUUCAGAAGAAGCUUUACGGUGUUUUCUUAUCCCCAAGGAAAAGCAAAAUUUAGGAUAACUUUCCAUGUUGUUUAGAUAAAAAAGAAACCAUCACCUUGUUUUGAUGAUAAAGACUAUGAAAACUGGCAGAAAUCUCUCUCUCCCCAUAUACAUAUACAUAUAUAUAUGUAUAUACACACACAUACACGUACACACACAGAAGUUAUUGACAUACAUAUUAUACCAUUUAGUUCCCAGUUCUUACAAAGAUAUGAUACAGCAGAAGCCCAUAAAAACAACUUUAUCCUAUAGAUCAGGGUAUAUGCCCAUAAAUGCAGUUGCAACAGUACAUUAUCUAUUACUAACAGUCCAUGAUACACAUCUUCAUUGUAUUUCCAAAACACUGGUAUUAUUAAAGAGAUUGCACCAGAUUUGAUGAAAGAGACUUUCCUACUAUUGUUUAUUCUUAAGAUAAGGCUGGCAAGCACUAUCUUUACAAAGUAGUUGGUUUCGCUUCUGGGUCUGUUUGCUUAUUUGUGUAAGUGAGCUCAUUUUUGUCAGGCUCUCAGUACAGUUUUUAAAAUAAUCCAGAAGCCUGGCUUCAUGCUAAGAAGAUAUUGUAGAUGGAGGGGAUCUCCAUGUUUAAGCAGACCCUCAGAACUUAGAGCAAUAAAUACGUUCAGUCAUUUAUUUAUUUAUAAAUGAAUGACAGAAUAUUCAGUCCAAAUAGAAACAAUGCCUUUUCAGCAAUGCAACAUAACAUGGAGUCUUGUGUUAAGAAGGUGAAUAUGAGAAUUUUAAGGAGAUGCCUAGAAAAUCCAUAUUUGCUGUUGACAUUUAGUGUUUGCCACAACGAACAUCACACCUCUUUUUCUGUUUCCCUUCUAAGAACUGAUGAAAGAUAGCUUCCUAUUAGCUUUGACAUGCUGCAUGUGCCAUUAUGUUGUUCUCCAAGGGCAACUAAGUUCUUUGCAGUGUUCGUGUGUGAUUCUUUUCUCCUCAUUAUUACUUUAACAUGGAUGAAUAGUAUUCCUACGAACUUGGUUAUCAUUGAACAGAUUGCAUAUGUAAAUGCAGAUAAUUCUUGAGCAAUAUAGUGAAUAUGAUUUCACACACACACAAAUCUAUAUGUACUGUACACAUCUUCCUGAAUCUAAGACUCUCUUCUUAGCCACAAUGGUUUGAAAUCUCAUAUAAAACAGUGGUAAAUUUUUAAACAUUAGGACAUUAGCUGGCUGCUUCUUUAAAUGUACCUGUAUUGUCUGCCUGCUCCUUUUGUGGAGAUGUGUUUUUGUAUUGGAUGUUUGGGCCAAUGGGAGGCUUCAAGCAACAACAUAUUUUCCCAGUUUAAAUAUAUUUAACAUACGACAAACCCCAGACAAGGCUUUUAAUAUGUAUAAAGAACUGCAGUGUUAGGUGGUUUAUUUGCAAACCGUUUUCAAUGUUGUCCAUUUUUAUGGCACCUUUAACAAUAUUCUUGUUUCCAAAGUACAAAAAAAAAAUAGGUUAAAUAAUCUAGCCAUAACUGAAUGUCAAGCAAUAAAACAAAUGACUUUUGUGCAUAGACUUAAAAAAAUACAAAUUUUAGACAUCUGCAUGUAAAUGCAAUCUCUUGUUUACUGCUUUCUUCAACUUGAGCAAUUGAUUCCUUAUUUACUAUUAACUUAAGAACUUGUAAUGGCCUGUAAACAUUUUCUCUCUUACUCUUCUUUCAAAUUUACCUUUGUCCCUGCUUUUGAGUCAUAAUAUUUAAUGUUGUUCUGCACAUCUCUAUACAGUUAACUUUUUGGCUUUCAUUCUGUAUAGAUAAGAAAAUGUUAUAUUAUAAACAGCCUACUCAGUGCAAAUAUUUAUCUGUUUAUCAAAUCCACAAUAUGCUGUAUAAUACUGGUUUUACUAUAUAAUCUAUUUUAGACAUAGCUGUUUAGAACUAGAGUGUGCUAUUUUUGUGUUUUUCUGAUGUGUGGUGCUAGAUAAGUUACUUUUGUGAACAACAACAACAAAAAACCCUUUUAUUCCUAGACAAUACCACCUUUGGGUCUUGUUAAUUUCACUGAGUAUAACUAUAUAUUUGUAUAUAUAUACAUAUAUAUAUAUCUACCUGUGCCCAACGGCAGCUGUAUCAGAGUGCUGGAUUUGGGACAUGCUUUUCUCUUUAAAUACAUAAUAUCAUGAUAUAAAUUAUUCUAGAGUGUAUUUAAUUAGGAUAAAAUUACUUCCUUAGUAUGGAUAUUUGACAUCUAUAGGGUGAAUUUGUUUAUAAAUAUGGAUAUAUGAAAAUGUAUUAGCAUUUACUUUAUGUUUGCUACUUGGCUUUAUACCAUAUCUCCUAAGCUGAAAAAUAAUUUGCCAGGCCUUCAAGAUCCUAAAGAAACACUCUAGUUUAAUGGAGUAUUAUUUUUUUUCUUACUAAGGCACCUUAUUAUUGGCACCUGACAGAGUUGUGUACUUAGCUCCUAUAAUAGAUAAUACACAUUUAUAUAAAAUGUCCUUGUUGGCUUGAUGGCAGAAUAAACCUUUCCCCUCCUACCUGAGCCAUGAGAAGUAUAGAGACAUCCGCUAUCAUGGCAGAACAUGGGCAAUAAAGCAGCUUUGACAAGGGAUGUUCUGUGUUAACUUGACCUCAACCAGUUCCAUGAACUGCGUGAAGGACCUUCAUUUAAAAGUCAUUUAAUAAUGAGCUUAGUUAAUUCUUUCACCUGUUCUCCCAAGACCUAUUGGCUUUCUUAAAAAAAAAAAAAAAUCCACGUAUAUCAAAUAUCUAACUAAGGAUGUAGUUAACCUUAUUAAAUAUUGAUUAGAAUUGUUCUGUAAUAUUACUGAAUUUGUAAGAUCUUUAGCAAAGAUUUUUGAGCAAUUUAUAAAUAUAGAGCAAAUGUUUCUGUUUACUGCACUUUUUGUAAUUGAAGGUGAUAAAUUCUCAAGCCAUGGUUAUUGGCUUCCAUGCACUGAAUAUUUACCCACAAUUCUAGACAUUUUCCAUUUUUAUGGAAGAGUUGCUGUUACCUUAAUUAUAAAUGCAAUCAUGUGGUUAAUGAGAGCUAAUGCUAAUAGUUAACCUUUUAAAGUGAAUUGGCUACAGUUUAGGGAGAAAUCUCUUUGAAUACAAAUCAUUUCAUUCCUUAUUGCUUCGCUUAGAAAGGGAUUGAAACUUUUUUUUUUUUAGCACCAUUUCGUGUCCUAAGGUUCCUAAGGAUAGAGAUAGUAUCUCUUUGUGUCUGCACAGUGGCCAGCACAUGUCAGCAUUUGAUAAUUGUUAAAUGACAACAAGCGUGCCCCAAUUCCAACUUUUUUCCUGGGUUGUUUUGGUAAAUUUAUAAAGUAUGCCAAGCCUUAUGGUUAAUACUUUCUUCUACAACCAAGUUUUAAAGCCACAUUUUCAAAGACCACAUGAAAUGCUGAUUCUAAUUGUGUGUAGGUCUUGAGGAUUAAGCACACAAAUUUCACAAAACUCUGUGAGUAACAAACUCAGCCUUCUGUAAAUAUACAUGCAAGUUCAGAAACAGUAAUACUGUACCUAUAAAUAUGCGCUGUCUGUUUUGUGUACAGUAUGUAAAAACUCCUUUUCUGCCACACUAAAAAUGCAAGCCAUUUAUGGGAAUCCUAAAAAAUAGUAUUGUACUAAAACUUUGCUAAUGAUCUUUAUUAGAGGAUCAUCCAACUUUUCACUGACAUUGGGUUUUCUUUUCAAUUCACUCUUACAGUAGUCUGCUUAUUUCCAGCCGUUUGUUAUUUUAUUGAGUCCUCAAUUUAAAAAAAAAAUAUUUUGAUUCAUUUUGUAAAUACAAGCUGUAAAAAAGAGAGAUUUAAUGUUGUCUUUUAAAUACUCCGAUUUUCAUUCUAAUAUGAAUGUUGUUAUAUUGUACUUAGAAACUGUACCUUUAAUAUUACAUUACCUUUAUUAAAAGUGCAUUGAACACAUCAAUUUUAGAUGUGCUUUAUGUACUGUUAUCCUAUAAUAAAAUUUCAGCUUCUAAUGGA